AUGGCACCAAAGACAAUUGCGGUUAUCGGCGGCUUGGAUGCCGAUUUGAUCAUGAUUGCAAGCCGUAUUCCUGAUCGCGGCGAGAGCGUCCGCGGAAACCAUUACGAAGAGGCUCUUGGCGGCAAAGGAGCAAAUUCAGCAAUCGCCACGUUUCGGACAUGUCACAAAAUGCUCUCACAAAAGCAGAAGUCUCUGGGAUCAAAGGUAACCUCAGUCAACGUUGAAACCGAACAUCUGGCGGGCCAGCCAUCCGUGGUGGCAACAGAGAAAGAAAGGAACACAGAACCGGACGAGGGAAAUAUCCAAGUCAAGAUGAUCGGCGCUGUUGGUGAUGAUAGAUACGGCGAGAAGUUCAUUGUUGAGCUUAACAAGAAUGGUGUCGAUACAUCUGGAGUCGUGACAGUCCCAGAUGCACGUACGAGUGUUUGCUUCGUCAUGGUCGAAGAACGGACGCGCGCGAAUCGCUGUCUCUUCACACUAGGUGCGACAGCAGCCUGGAAAAGAGAAGACUUCCUCAAGGCAGAGCAGCUUGGGGGCGGAAUCCGACCUGACUUAGUUGUCGCCCAGAUGGAAAUCGACAAGCAUGUCAUUGAAACCAUGCUGACAACAGCUGGCAUUGCUGGGAUCGACUUUUGUCUCAACGCAGCACCUACAAGCACUAUCGACGGAUGUCUCUACCGACAUGUAACACAUCUCCUCAUGAACGAAUCAGAAGCAGCUAUCAUGUCAGGGCGACACCGAGAUGACGUGAACCAGGACACUUGGCUCACUAUUGCUCAAGAAUUCUUGAACGAAGGUGUAGCCAACGUGGUCAUCACACUUGGCGCUAAGGGUGCUUUCUACGCAAAUGCGCAAGGAUAUGGCCAUUGCCCAGCAUAUGAUGCGAAAGUCGAGGGUACCACAGGCGCAGGGGACACAUUUACGGGGGCUUACGCGUCGGAUUAUCUACGACAAAAGCAAAAGGGGACAUGGGACUUAAGGAGUACCGUUGUCCGAGCUAACAAGGCUUCUGCUAUCACUAUCCAGAGCCUGGGAGCCCAGAAUGGAAUUCCUUGGUCCGAUGAGAUAGAUCGUUUUGAUGCCCCCGAAAAGGCCCUCAAUGAUGUGCAUUUCUAA